AUGAACUCUGAGCUUCAGAAGCAACAUGAGCACAUGGAUGCUGCAAUUGAUAUCAUCCUUCAUCUACCAGAGCUGAAUGGUGAGGGUACUUGUAACAGAUGGUUUAGUGCUGUUUGUGAGCUUGUGAAGACCAAGAUGUUGGAGAACUUAGGAACUCCACUAGAUGGGGAAUUGGCCCAAGACUUUAUCCUUGCAUCCCUCUUAGACCAAUUCUCCCAGUUUGUUAUGAACUCCAACAUGGGAAAAAUGGACAACACUCUUGCUGAGUUGUUGCACAUGCUGGUCACAGCUGAAAAGAAUUUCAAAAGGGAAAGUGGGAGUGGGAUUAUGGCUGCCUUCGAGAAAGGCCCUUCUUCCUGUACCAAACCUAAGUCUAAAACCAAAGGCAAAGGCAAGGGAAAGGAGAAGAAGACUACUGUAGCCAAGCCCAAUGGUAAAAUCACCAAAAAGAAGGCAAAGGAGCCCAAAGGAAUAUGCUUUUAUUGCAACGAAGAUGGGCACUGGAAGAGGAAUUACAAGAAAUAUCUUGCAAGCCUGAACAACAACAAGAAGUAUCAGUUCUAA